AAUCUGUGCGCACGUCGCGUCGGUUGUUGAGUGAACUGUGAUAUUUGAAAUUGUUGUGACAUCGUGAAAUACUGAAAGUGAAUUAAUAAGGAUUACCGCAGGGGAUUUUUGUGUGCUGUAUAAAGUGUUCGUGAAAAUUACCGGAAACAAGGAAAAUUUAUCUAAAAUUUGUGACAAUUUGAAAAGUAUUAAACUAAAAAGCAUCAAGAUGUACAAUAAUUCAGUUGUUCCUGUGAAAAAUGAAACUUUCAGCGCGGUCGCUGCUAAAAGCCCCAUCGGUCAGUGUAUCAAAACAAUGUUGCGUCGGGCCUGUGCUGAGAAGAGGUUGACCAUCGGUCUCAUGCCGACUUUGCAGUUCCUGUCCAAGAACAUUAAUGGCGCACUGUUCUGUAUCCAGGCUGAGGCUCGACCUGGUGACAGUGCCACGCAUAUGCAAGAAGUUCUACUUCAAGCGUUCUGCAUGGAGAAUGAUAUUUAUAGCAUAAAGGUUGACUCUGAGGAGAAGUUGAAGAAGCUCCUUGGGUGUGGCAAAACGCCUUUAGAUUUCACCUGCCUGCUGGUCCACUACCCAUGUGAUCCGUUUGCAGACUGCCAGCCCAUUGGCCAAUCAAUCCUGUCUCCAUCCGAAAGAGAUCUGAUUGAUUACUGCGAUAAUAAUCUGGUAUACUCCUCAAUUCCAGUUAUCAAGCUACCAGAAAAGUGAAACCUUUUAGAAAUACUUACGGAAAAGUUCAAGACUUCUGGCCUUUUUGUUUCGCUUCGGCGUUUCGCCUUGUACAAUACUUGGUAAUUUUUACAUUACCUACAGUGUAAAUUUGAGUUUAAUUGUAUCGUAGGAGAGAAUUGUAUUUAUAAUGAGGAGUUGUAAAUGGUGGUCGAUAGUUGUAAUGAUUUUGUAUAUUUGUUAGUAUUCUACUAAGAUGAUAUUGUAGAUAUAAUAAAAUACUGUUAUGAA